AUGGCAGAAUUGGAUGUACUGUUGAGUGCAGCAAAAGAAAAACUUCUUCAAAGCGAGGUUUCGGAAGCCUUAAGUCUAGCUGAACAAGCAACAAAAUUAUGCACAGAAAAAGACAGCCGGCCUUACGAGCUGCUCGGUGAGGUUUUUGCUGAGCAGGGAGAGUUCGACAAAGCAAAGGCUGCAUUCGAAGAGUCCAUUCGUCUUGCUAAGUCAUCAAAUAACGAAGAUCUGGGUUAUGAGAAGUAUCUGUGGAUGGCACAAAUGGGCCAGCAAGGUGAACCAUCAUUAGAACUCUAUAACAAGGGAAUCAGUAUACUCGAAAUUUUAGCUCAGAAGCAACAAGGAAAUGCCGAUGAACUUGCAGAAAUACGUAAAAAACUGGUCGGUGCGUACUGCGGUAUCGCUGAAUUAUUUAUGACAGAUCUUUGCAUGCGUGAAGAUGCGGAACAACAAUGCGAACACUUUACGGAUUUGGCGCUUAAAAUGGAUCCUUCAAGUGCGGAGGCUUUACAGACCUUUGCAUCCAUGCGCAUCAGUCAACAACGUGUGGACGAUGCAAAAGCAGCCUUAAAAAAAUGUAUCGAUAUCAUAUUUAAUGCAGAACCAGACGUUGAACUUCCAGUUUACGCUGUUCGAACAUCGAUUGCUAAACUUUUGAUCGAGAUUGGAAUGCAUGAUGAGGCUCACCAGCUUCUCAUGCUUCUUCAAAAGGAGGAUGAUCAAAUUGUGGAUACUUGGUACUUACUCGGUUGGAACUGCUAUGUUGAAGCAGAAGAGUUGCAAGAAAACUCUGCUCCUCACGAGGAGAUUGAAGGUUUGCUGGUUGAUGCGAGAUCUUAUUUCUUGAUUACACUUGCUACAUAUGAAAAGACAGCCUGGGAUGAUGAGGGAAUACUAAAUCAUACAAAGGAAGUUUUAAGCGUACUGGACACGUUGAAUCUUCCUUCUGUUGACGAAAGUGGUGCAAUUGAAGAAGCCAUUGAAGAAGAAUGGGAAACUUCUGAAGAUGAGAUGGAAGAGGAUCAUUAG